GUCUUUAUUAAUGUAAUAAGUUAUCUGUCUUUUAUUGAAAUUGACUGCGCGGCCCAACCCCACGGAGCUCAGCGCGCUGUUUCCCUCCCAACUGAUUGAUCUUUGCAUCAACAGCUGCGUCAAGUCAGCCAUGAAUAGACAGAUUUACACCGGAAAUCAUCAGGGCAAUCCUUCAACAUAAAAGCGCAAAUGCUCCUCGGUACCCCCUGUAAUCUGUUCUCAUCGGCGAGGGGUUUUAUUUUGAACCAUUGACCAGAACUUGCAGCUGAUCUGUCUGUUUACUAACUUGACACCAGUCCGAUAUACCGGCCAGAGGCGUGUGGUCCAAGGCGCAGUUCGAGGCGCAGAUGCCAGCGACAUCAGAUUUCCUCUUCCACAAAAUCAAUUAACCCUUCUUUUUUACUUUCUGGACUGGCGCCAAUAUAUAAUUAUUGUAUACAUAUUUUUUUUUUGUCUGUGAAGAAUGGGCUGCGCAAUAUCAGGUCUGACAGCAAAGGCAGAGUUUGGUGAGAGGACCACAGAGGAGGAUGAUGCUGCUGCUGCUGCGUGUCCCAGCGAGGAUCAGAUUCUGAUGAUCAAGGAUUCAUGGAAAGUUAUCCGGGACGAUAUUGCCAAAGUUGGGAUUAUUAUGUUCGUCAGGUUGUUUGAGACCCAUCCUGAAUGCAAGGACGUCUUCUUCCUGUUCCGAGACGUGGAGGACCUGGAGAGGUUGCGGACCAGCCGGGAGCUCAGGGCACACGGCCUACGGGUUAUGUCUUUUAUCGAGAAAAGCGUGGCUCGACUGGACCAGCUGGAGAGACUGGAAGCUCUGGCUCUGGAGUUGGGAAAGAGCCAUUAUCAUUACAACGCCCCGCCUAAGUACUACAGUUACGUCCAAGCAGAAUUCAUCUGUGCCGUGCAGCCCAUCAUGAAGGAGAGGUGGACGUCUGAGCUUGAGGAGGCAUGGAAGACCAUGUUUCAGUUUGUGACCAGCCUAAUGAAGCAGGGAUACCAAGAGGAGAGCGACAGACAGCACCUGCUAGCACUCUCCCCGAAGGACAGGCCGGACAAGAAGAACACGGCGCUUUGAGGGGCUUCUUCUUUCAAUCACAAGUCAGACUGCUUCUACCAGUACAGCACAGAACAGUCUAAAUGUAUAUAGUGUAUUUACCGUCUCCUUUUCUACAUCACUCAUUUAGCGCAGGCAUUGUUUGACCCUUACUCAAAAUGGACAAAAAGCAAACUUUGCAGUGACUUUCAACAGAGCACUUUAUUUCUGAACUUAACUUCUGCUGCAGUCCUCUUCCAUGAGUUCAGGACCCGGGAGCACGAUACAAAUGUCUGACAAUAUAGACCAGCUGUAGUUCAACCUGCUGUGCAAUUGUGAUGAACGGAAAUGACGUUAUUAGAAUUAGACAAAACUUUGUCUCUGUAUUCAUAACAAACAUGCCUUUCAAUAAAAAUCAACAUUUAACAUUUCUUGUCAUGUCAUAAUUACCCACAUUAACUGAAACGACAUAUUUUCUUCGGGUUCAGCAGUUUAAGAUAGCUUGGUAUGAAACUGAAUCAAAACAAAAAUAUUCAUAUUCAUUGUGCUUCAGGAGGUAAAAUAAGAUCAUUGAAUAAAGUAAACUUUCAUCUCCAAUACAGUAAAACUUUUUUUCAAAAUACAUCAAAUCUGCUCUGAUUUAGUUGUGUAUGAAGCAACUUGGCUUUCAUUGCUUAUUCAAUUAUUAAACAAAAAAAAGAAGAUACAACCGUCAAUGAAUUCUUCUUAAGAUAAAAGGUCAAAUAGAAACACGGCAGCAGAGCUCACAGGUCAGCCGUAAAUAUAACAUAAUGUGGACUCUAACAAUUAAAUAGUAUGAAGGGCAGGUAAUCAUUGGGCUCCAUGGAUUUGGCACCAGGGGUGACACAGCUGUUGAUGACCUGGUUCCGAAGCAGAAAUGGUGGAGAUUCAGUAAAGUUGACUUGCUUCGUCCUGUACGAGAAAUCCUCAGGUUCCAAUGGCACCGAAAUGCCAGCGAUUAGACAUUACCGUGCAAACAAUGGCACAAUA